CCUUCCAGUUCGAGGUUCCUCUCUUACCCCUUCCCACUUCCAUUUUCUACUCCGAAGAAGGGACCUAUGUCCCGUUUCCCAUGUCUGAAAAAACCCUAAUUUAUUGAAUCAGACGCUCUGAAGGUCUAAAUUCCAAAACGAUGUCGCUUGCUUUCCAAUACCUUUCACUGAGUUCGUCGUCUCCUUCCCCUCCCCCUUCUUCAACCUUAUACUUCUCCGCCUUCUUGUCCCGGAAUCCGUGCUUGUCUCUUCGAUUCGCCCCUUGCCGAUUCCCUAGCACUCUGCAUUUUCAAAUUCUUGAUCACAAGCUUCGAAGCCCUUAUAAUUUUGGUUCCAUUAAUGCCCAUCAGUUCAAUCCUCGAGUUUCUAUAUCUGAAGGAGCUGGACGGAGAGACGGUGAUGAUUUCGAUAUUGAUUCUUUACUUUCAGCUGCUGAGUUGUUUUGCCUCGUUACGUCGUUGCUCGCUUCUGUUGGUUUUGCUUUGAAUUUUGUGAAAGCCAGCUCUAAGAGUGUGUUUUUGGCGGUCUUCGGUGAUAGGAUUUUGGUUGGCGCAAUUUUGUUUCUGGUGGCGGGGGUUGCAAUUGGUGCUUGGAUUCGUAGGCGGCAGUGGAAUCGGAUAUAUCGAGAGACGGCGAAGGGUGUAUUGGAGGCGAAUUUGGUGGAAAGAACUAACAAACUGGAGGAGGAUUUGAGGAAUUCGGCAACGCUUAUUCGAGUAUUGUCGAGGCAGCUGGAGAAGCUGGGGAAUAGGUUUAGAGAUACUCGAAAGGCUCUGAAGAAGCCCGUCGAGGAGACUGCAGCUUUAGCUCAAAAAACCUCUGAGGCCACUCGAGCAUUGGCAGUUCGGGGAGAUAUUCUGGAGAACGAGCUUGGGGAAAUCCAGAAGGUCUUACUAGCUAUGCAGGAACAACAACAAAAGCAACUUGAGUUGAUUCUAGCAAUAGGGAAGUCGGGAAAGAUAUGGGAAAGCAGACAAGAGCGUAGUGGAGAACAAAGUCCUUUUGGAAGGCACGAUCUGAUCGACGAACGCAUAAAUCAAAAGGAAGUCCUAGACGUUUGAGCUCUUUGAAGAAGAGAAUGGAGAUGGCUUAGGAUUCUUUUCAUACAAAUUGGAAUGGUAGUUUUUGCAUAAUGACAGAAUAGGAUUAAGGACUGUAAUGUUGGUGGCAGUUUAAACUCCAGCAUUUAUCACAUGAUAAUUUUUUGCCAGAAAAGAUAUCGGGAUUCCAUAAUGUGAGAUUUAAUGGGAACUGGAAAAUUGCACCCAGAGAGAAAUUGUGAAGCGGUUGGGGGAAGUGUAAUCAGGGAAAUGUACUUAUUUUUGUGACUGUGUUAAUGGGAUAAACAUUCUGCUUAGCCAUUGUUAUUUUGAUUUUUCGUUGUGUUGUGGUUCACAUCAACUUCCAUCUUCUAAAGCCGUUUGCAUAUGAAAUUGAACCCGUAGGAUCCAUUCUGCGCAACCGCUAUAAUUUUAAUUUCUCAUUCUCGUCCAUGUCAUCUGCAGGGCUACAGUAACUGCAGAGUAGCAGCCUGAGCGAGCACUAUUCUUCCUAGAUAACUGCGGUCUUUUGAGUUCAGUCUUCUUUUAUGUGCAGUACUUCAUUCAACUUUAUCCUCUCUAAUCUUUUCUGAAUAAGAACAAGUCAACAGGUUCAGUUGUAGCUGAGCUUCUGCUUAGUCAAGUCCAGGGACGUUUUACACGGGCAACGAGGACAACAAUUCAAAUGGAGAGACGGCAGGCUGGGAACCUGCAAGUUGCUUUUUUCAUGUCAUGGAAGAUAUGACAUGCAGCACUUACCCAAUCGAAACCAUACAAUUUGGUGGCUGCGGAAGGGAAGCUGGUGCUCAGACAGAGGCAUGCCAAGUUCGUCAGGUUCGGUUUAUUGCUUUCCCUUUAGCCUAGAGAGUUUAAAAGCAAUGAAACACGAUAAAAGAAAAGCAAGAUCAUUAAAAUCGUAAUAUUGCCAGAAAUAGUAUAGGGUUUGGACUUUGGUGGGUUCUGUUCUGUUCAAAAGGAUGCAGUCUUAUAAUGGUCUGAUCAAUAGUCUGGAAAGUACAUUGUGAUUCUUACCGAGGACUUAACAACUCUAUGACACCGGAAGUAAGCAGUCUCAGGUACACUUUUUAUCCAUGCAUCUUUUUGUAUUUUCGUUGAUUUAUGGGAAAAAGAGACUGAUGAGGUAGGUUAAGAGAGUGCAAAUGCAGUCAAAGUUUCCAUUUUUCUGCUGGGUGUGACUGAUUUACUGUUGAAUCUCAAAAGAAAUCAGAAAGAAGUAAUCAUGUUUAUGUUGAUUAGAUCUUAAAAAGCUACAGCAAAAAGGUAUUUAUUUUGGGUCUUUUGCAAAAAUAAUAUGUGCGAGGAUGUAAUAGUUGGUAGGGAAAAAUAGUAUUAAAAAAACAUGGAGAAGAACAAGGAAAUACCCCCACAGCAUAUGUCAUUAGGUAAAAUCUCAUCUGUACAUAUGAGUAUACCUUAUGCCUUCUUGAGAGUAGGAGUGACUGACUUACUCGAUUCUAUGCCUCAAUGAUGGACAUAAUAUUUUUAUUAUGAACAUCCUCUUCAACUUGAGAACCUUACAAGUUCUAAUCCAUCGACCUUUCGUUGAGUUAUCCUUAGCAUUGUAUGAGCAAAACUCAAUUUGUUUAUAACCAUAAUUCUAGAUCAAUGAAUUUAUCAGAUAAUGUCUUCUGCUACUUUUGGCUUGGCCUGAGUUGAUUUAGUUAGAUUAUACGAAUAUGUCUUUGCUUAGUCAUGUCUAGUUCAUGAAAUCUGUACAUGGAGACACACUCUGGUCUCUUGUUAGCUGCUUAGGGUAGUUAGAUUAUACCAAUCGUUGUUUGCUUAUCAUAUCUUGACCUCCCCAACUUGGCCUAAGUAUCUAAACCUCCAUCGCUUACAAUUUAUUUCUUUGUCGGGCCAACUCAAAAACUCAAUGGCUAUAUACCUUCAUCACUCGCUUGACUUAUUGAUGGUGUUUUGACAAACACCACGUUGAUUCUAGUUUUGCUACUUAUAGGCGGAUGCUAGAUCCCCACAUCUACUAUCAUCGGGAAAAUCAAGAUUAUACCUCUAAAAAAAUAGAAAAAAUGGAAGCAAUGCAAUUAUUAAUCUUAGAAUUUUCAAUACAUUAUUAGUUACAAACUCGAGAAAGGGACAAACCUCGUUUUAAGCACCUGUUCGUGCCACUAUGAACAGCGUUCGAGAUUCCGAUAUCCAAAUAAAGUUUGCUUCAUGAUUUUUAAAGAAAUUAUACAUUCUCCGUGAGAGCAAGGGUUUCAGAGUAGAGAGCCAAAAUUCAUUUCGGCAUGGGUUCUCUUCCCUCGAUUUCUUUCCCACUUCGUGAAAGAGUCCUACGAAGUUGAAAAAGCUAAAAGUACUCCUCUUGUGUUUUCUUCUUCUUUGGCCUUCAGAAUCAGACGAGGGGUUCUGGAGUUGAGUUUGCUCACUGCGUCUCAGACUCUGUUUCUUGGAGUUUUGUAAUGUUUUGGAAUGGUCUGAUGCAUGGUUGAUAAUUUAGUUGACUAGUUGCCCUGCAAAAAUAAAUCAGCACAUCUGGUGAGACAGGCGAGCAAUGUGGCUGGGGACAUCCGAUCAAAUUGAUACAAUACAGAGAAGAUUAGCAUGACCCUUACGCAAAGAUACACGCACAAAUUGAGAAAUGUAUCAAAAUCAAACACUGUUUAGUGUGCUAGUGAGAAUGCUGGGUUCUCAAGAGGAUGAAUUGUUAGAUUCCACAUCGGUUGUUAGAUCCCAACCUCUCCAUAGUAGAUGCGUUUUAAAAUCGUGAGGUUGACGACAAUACGUAAUUGAUAAAAACGGACGAUAUUUGCUAGUGGUGGAUUUCUUUUCACCUUUAACGAGCAAACACAACGUAUUUUUUUUUAUUAUUAUUAUACAUCAUUAUAUUAUAUUUAGGAUGGCUAGGAUGUUUUAACAUGACACUUUUUGAUUCAUUUUGGAUCAAUUAGGUGGCUACAGAUCUAUAGAAUUUGAUAAUAUUUUGCCCAGUUGGAUGUUAGUGGGUUGUAGUACUAGGUUUUCUUUUUCCUUUUCUUGGAUUUUGUAGUUAGGUUUAGGCUAAAUUUGAUUCUUUUAGCCGAGACAUAAAUAUUUUCAAAUACCUCAUGAAGUUAUAGCCAAGAGAUAACUACAUCUCCUUUAUGAGCAACUUUGGUGCAAUGAGGCAUUUAAGGAAGAGUAAUUGAGUAAAUGCUAGUUUGGAGUUUAGUGAUUCAAAUCUGUGCUCGAUAUUCUUGAACAUUGGUACAUUCGUAGAUGGGGAGAAGGGUUUUAUGAACAAGAAUAACAAAUAAAUUUGGUCCACAGUCAAAUGUGAAAUCUCGAUGGUCCAAUCCAUCAGCUAUUAUUUCUUGCUUAGUUGCAAGAUGAGAUGAGGUAGUCGCUGCAUGGCCAUCAGCGCAGCGUUGAAAUGUAAAAUCAAUGGGCAGUGAAGAUUGAAGAAGAGUGAAACAAAUGCAAAGUGGAGAGUAGGGGAGUAAAUGCGGUCCCUUUGCAGCAGCCAGGCUAGUGAUGGACAGCCUAAUGUUGCAUAGUGGAAGAAUAGGGCGUCCUUUGGAUGUGAUGUGGAUACUACUGUAUUGUUCCUUUCACUGUCUGCUACACUCUGUCCUCUUACUCAGAACUUCUCUGCUUUCUCUCUUCUCUUGUUCUUGUCGGAUAACUUAUGACUCACCCACCCUUUCCUACCCAAAUUUAUGCUAACUCUCUCUCCUUUGCACUUGCCUCUAUUAAAUGUUCAUCACUCUCUCUCUCUCUUAGUUACUUGUGGAGUGGUGUGGUGUGGUGUGUUGGGUGGAAGUGGAUCAAAGUAACAGAAAAAUCUGGCAACUGGGUCUUUAUUGCAUAUGAUUUUUUUACUCCUUUGCUGCAAUGGAUCCAUGAGUUUUGGGCAUCAAUGACUUGAUGACUACCAUGAAUUUGCCUACUGUUUGGGCCACCUCAUUACUUAUUGUGCUUCUUCAUCUUCUUCUUUUUCUCUCCGCCUCUUCCCCUUCCAGGGUGUGCCUUCUUUCUCUCUUCCAUGAAUUUUCUCAUAUUGCUCGUUACUUUAUUCCUGAGCUUCGUUGUUUUGGUUGCUUGCUGAUUUGAUCAGGGUAUAUUUUUCGAAGACAAAACCAGGCUUGGAUCCACCCCACCAAGCUGCCACAACAAGUGCAACGAGUGUCAUCCAUGCAUGGCGGUGCAAGUUCCUAGCAUGCCUCGGAUGGAUUCGCAUUCACCCUCGGCCUUGCCAUUGGGAUUUUUUGACUCAUCCUCACAAGGGAACAGAUACUCAUUUUACAAGCCAUUGGGUUGGAAAUGCCGCUGUGGGAACCACUUCUUCAAUCCUUGAGCCAUAUUUGCAUGUCCAAAACACAGGGUUGGUCUCCCAUUCUUCUGGUUUAUGUAAAUGACAUUGAAUUGUUUCUUUUUUUCAUUAUAAGGAUGGAAUUCUUUGUUCAGAGUGAAAGCAGGUCGUUUGGUUUCUGCAUUUAUUGUACAUAAACCUUCUACCCUUAACCCCUAAGUUCUUCUAGUUCU